AUGGCCUACAAUCUAACUGCUGAGCUCUUUGCAGAGUGGGCUUUGGGAAUCCUGGUUGCCGGUGUGCGUAUCUAUACACGAUGCUUCAUCGAUAACAGAAACCUCUACUGGGAUGAUAUGUUUUUGAUACUUGGUCUUGUAUUCUGGACAGUUAUGACCGUAACUCUCUACCUUUGCACAGCUGUAUACAGCUCUAACAUCGGCCUGAACACCGAGACUGCCCUUCAAGUCCCCGACGAUGAGGUGGAAUUUUACAAGAUCGGAUCUGUUUGCGCCUUCGUUGCCUGGCUGGCGUAUAUCCUGGCAGUCUGGGCAUUCAAGGGCGUGCUGGUCUUUCUCUAUACCCGACUGACAAUGGGCCUCUGGCAGCAUCGUCUGUCUCUCAUGGUCGGGGCACUCACUGCCGGCACGUUCCUGGUAUCACUGAUAUUCGACCUUGCAAUCUGCCAUCCGAUUCACAAGAACUGGCAGGUCAAGCCUUAUGCUGGGGGUAUUCUAGAAAUCGGACCAUUCUCAACAGAUUCAGCGGCUAAUAUAUCAUAUCAACGUCUAGACAACUGCACCAUCCGCCCAUUGAACUACAUCGUCAUCGAAAUCCUCAGCAUCAUAACCGACCUAGCAGUAAUGUGCGUCCCCAUCCCUCUCAUCAUCGUGGCCCGAAUCCCCGCCUCGCAAAAGCUCAUCCUCGCCGCCCUCUUCUGCUCCGGCAUCUUCGUCAUGAUCUGCGCCAUCCUGCGCGCCUACUACUCCGUCACACAGAUCGACACCCUAGCAACAGCACUCGGGUGGGCAUCCCGCGAAUGCUUCGUCUCGGUAAUCAUCGUCUGCGCGCCCGGUAUAAAGCCGCUUUUUACACGGUUUCGCUGGUUCCGGACCUACGGCUCUAGUAAUGGAUACACGAAUUCGAAUGCCAAGUCGAAGUCGCAUGGGACUGGGAAGAUGUUUUCGACGAAGAAUAGCCAUAACUUUAAUACGCUGGUUUCGGCGCAUGAGCGCGAGCCGUAUGAGAUGCGAACGACGAUGGGGUGGAAGAAGGGGAGGGGGAGACGGUCAUCAGAUGAGAGUCAGGAGCAUAUUGUUUCGUCGACGCCGGAUGGGAACGGGGAUGGCAUGGGGAUUAGGGUUACCACUGAUGUUCAUCUGGCGCUGGAGGAGAGUCGGGUUGGCGCGAAGCAGUCUUAAUUCGGAGGGACAGACUUGGUAAGAAUAUUGGAUAUCGAGUUAAAAUCAGAAUUUCCUUUGUUACCUGGUGCAAAAAAUGUCAAUUAAAUAAGCCCUUACUGUUUUUCGUCGCUAGCAGUAGGUACAGGAAGGAAAUAAAAUCC